AUGGUGCCUUCCUUUGCCCUCGGUGUUGCCCUGCUAGCUGGGCUAGCUGCAGCCGUCCCCGCGCUGCAUCUCCAGGUGAGGUCGUCCAGCGGAACGAUCACCGCGCUCUCCUCCACUGUGACCACUGCGUUCAGUCCGUACACGUACUACGCCAGCGCGGGCUACUGCUCCGCGUCCGAGACGAGCAACUGGAGCUGUGGGGCGAACUGCGAUGCGAACCCGACUUUCAAGCCC